ACGUUUUUCGAACAUGGCGCGGUUCGCUCAAGGGCUUCCCGCUCAUCUCUGGAUUGCAGUUCUGAUAUCGCUGAGUUAUUCAUGCUUCACUUGGUUCCUUCGAAUUUAUGCGAGAGUUGGCUACUAUGGAAUAGACGAUGUCGCCAUCACCGUUGCGCACAUCACGGCGCUCGCACAAUGGGCUUCCUUGAUCGUGGCACUCAACAAUGGUUUAGGAGAGUCAGAGGAAGUGGUCGGGCCUGAGCACCUGACGAGUAUGUCUCGGAUAUUCUUUCUUCUCACAAUUGGACUGACGAGCCUUUCCCUAACCCUGCUCAUGAGGAGGAUAUUCUCGACCAACACAAAACACAAACUUGGAUCUUAUGUUCUACUAGGCGUAAUCUCAGCAUGGCUCGUUAUUGCAGUCGCUGCUGUCAAGUCGAAUUGCGCUUCAACGCAUAUACUCGAAGGACAGGAACACACAUGUCCUAACGCUGUAGGCUUGCUCGCCAGAAUCCAGCCGACUCUGCUGACAAGUGUAGNNGUAUAUCGAUGGCGAGCAAUCCUUGCAAUUACGAUUUGCAUCGAGGCAGCUGUGAUGGGCUUGCCAAUCUAUCUUGUCAGCCAUCUUCGGAUCAAAAUCAGCAAGAAAAUGCUCGUGGUCUCUGCUUUCGCAUACCGAAUGCCAGUCUACACCGAAGCAGUACGCUCCGAAGAAAGAAUACAGCACUUCUCGAAAGUCAUUGUCUGGCAGCAAGUCACAAUCUGUUACAGCCUCUUGUCAGCAACUCUACCCUUUGUUCAAGCCUUCAUGCGCAGCUUCACAACAGGCGGGACGGCCUUCGGCAGCAUCAUAUAUGGUUCUCGCAACAGUCGAUCCAACAGCUCUGGCGACACAUCAAGAAGCAGAUCGAGGAACGAAUCUUUCACACCACAAUUUCUGGGUCGAACGAAGACAGUGUGCCGUGGAGCAGGCAAGCAGAUCAGCAAUGAAGCUCAUCGUGCAUCUGGCGGGUCACAGGAACUGAUCGUCCGGCGCGAAGUUACGGUGGCAGUCACUCAGGGA